UGCCACAGUGUUUCAUUUGCGCGCGGCUUCCUCCAAAGUCGCGGGACAUUAAACCCUAGCGAUCGUGACCUGAUGCCGAUCGACCUUAGCGCUAUAUAGCUAGCUUAUUAGCUAGCUCACUCGCUGCUUUAAAACUCCAGCUAGAUCGGCUCUCCUCUUUUACCCUCAAUUUUUUUUUCUCACGACGUUCCCAUCAAUGCGUCGCACUACUGUUCUCUCCAUCGCACGGCCGUUAUCGUCACCGCACGGCGCCAUUGCGGGACACCAUCAACAUCGCUGUAGCCGCUAAAGGGACCGCGCCGGCCAGGUCACUCGUCCAUGUCCGCGAUCCACAGCCACAGCCACCACAGGCAUCCGUGGUGUCCAUCAGCACAGGCUUGCUAGUACUGGUAGCUCGAUCCCAUGCACAUGGACCGCCACCAACCGGAGAAAGAAGAAGGGGAGGAAACCAACUCGUCCUGCUGCCGCUCGACGCUCGCUCUCCCCCACAUAUAUAAACACCGCCCCCAUCACCCGCUCGAUCGAUCCUGCUCUGACGGAUGAAGCUCUCCUCACCGGCAUCGCGCCUCGCCGAGAGCUCCGAGAUCCUCCUCCUCCCGCCGCACCGCCAGCAGCGCCGCGGCGGCAUCGUCGUGGCGCGGAUGUUGCCCUCCCACUGCGACGACGGCAGCGGCGCGCUGCCCUACGCGGCGGCGGGGCGGCGGGCGGCGGCGCUGCUCGACCACCGGCGGUACCGGCCCAACGUCGAGGUGGCGCCCAGCUGCCCGCGCUGCGACUCGCCCAACACCAAGUUCUGCUACUACAACAACUACAGCCUCAGCCAGCCGCGCUACUUCUGCAAGGGCUGCCGACGCUACUGGACCAAGGGCGGCUCCCUCCGCAACGUGCCCGUCGGCGGCGGGUGCCGGAAGAGCCGCCGCGGCAAGCCGGUGCGCGCCGGGCCCGUCGCCGGCGCGGUCGCGCCCGGUAGCGCUGGUGCCGCGGCGGCGGCGUUCGCGCACCGGUCGUCUUUCCACGGCACGCUGCGGCCGGAUCUGCUCCUGGAAGGCAUGGUCGGCAGCCCGGCCGGCGGCCUCUGCCAGCCUAUGGACGCCGCCGACAAGCCGGCCGCGGUCCAGGGGUCCCCGAUCGACUUGGCGUUGCUGUACGCCAAGUUCUUGAACCAUCAGCCGGCGGCGGUCGAGCAGUGCGCCGCCAUCCUGCCGGAAUCGCUCGACACCUUGAGUGGCUCAUCGAGUGACACGAACCCCAACGUCCCGCCGCCGGAUCACCAUCCCUUCCGGCGAGCGCAAGACGAGUUCGGCGAGCUUUCCGCGCCGGCGAGCGCGGAUCCCAGAGCAGCCGCGCAGCAGUGCCCCGACGCGCGCACGGAGGUGCUUGGGGAGCUCAGCUUCAGCGUGGAGCAGAGCUGCUUCGACUCGCUCGGGUUGCCGACGGACGACGGCGAUCUGAUCCUGCCGUCGACGUGGCACCCGGAGGCCAAGUACGAGCCGUUCGAUCCGCUGCCCGAGGACGCCAUGAGCCUCCAAGGCGGCAGCUCCGGCGGGGAUGAUGUGUGGAGCAGUGCGUUGGCCUGCCAAGGACUGGAAGCAGCUCUCUGCAGGCCGUAAUUUUAAAACUCAUCAUCUUUUUAUGGUUACUACCGUGCUUGAGAUUGUUUUUAUGCAUUCUUGUUUUUUUUCAGGUUUUGAUCACGUUCAGGAGUAAUUUAUAUAGAUAAUAUAUAUACAUGUCCAGAUCAUGCAUAUUAAGGGAAGAAGGGUAUACAUGUGAGAUAGAAUUGUAAUAAAAAAAAUUCGAUACUUUGUUUGGUAUUGCUGAACAGAUCGUUGUUCCAUUCCAAACUACUAGUAUCUAACCGGAUGUUCAUAUUUCAUCACUUCAUCCGUUCAAAUUUCGUCCUCUUGUACAGAAAAACAUGUAAUAAGAAUAGCGUGAUCAAUGGUAUUCUGAAUCUUGCAGA